UAUAGAUUUGACGAGCAAUUCACGACGGAGGCGUUCCCCUACGGCGACUGAUCUCUGGUUGGCCAUUGAAAGGGGUGUGCAUUGUUCGUCAGAUCCGGACGGAACAAAGAUGGCGGCAUUUACUAGAGGCUCAUUCACAUUUAUGAGACGCUUGCGUUUAUCAUCCCAGAUUUUGGAAUAUCGGCACAAGCGUUGCUGCUCCAGGGUCCAAACUGGCCGACCAGACUACACCCUCCAUCCCCACCAUGUCUUCGUCCCUCAGCUGUGCAGCGCUAGGUUUUUUCGCACAAGUUAUGGCACACCAGGACCAAUUGUGCCAUUCAAACUUUCAGAUAUUGGCGAGGGCAUCAUGGAGGUGACGUUGAAGGAAUGGUAUGUAAAGGAGGGAGACAAGGUGUCUCAGUUUGACAGCAUCUGUGAGGUACAGAGUGACAAGGCAUCUGUCACCAUCACAAGUCGCUAUGACGGUGUCAUUAAAAAGCUCUACUAUGAGGUGGAUGCUACAGCCUUAGUGGGCACAGCGCUGGUGGAUAUUGAGACAGAGUCCGGUCCGGAGGUGGCCAAUGAGGAGGAUGUUGUGGAGACCCCGGCGAUGUCACACGAUGAGCACACACACCAGGAAAUCAAGGGACACAAGACCCAGGCCACCCCUGCAGUCCGUCGUUUAGCUAUGGAGAACAACAUCAAGCUGAGUGAAGUGGUUGGAACGGGGAGAGACGGACGGAUCCUCAAAGAGGACAUCCUCAACUUUCUGGCCAAACAGACAGGGGCCAUCUUACCCCUGACCCCAUUCCACGAGAUUCAGCCCCCACUUCCCACAGCAUCCGCCCCCUCUUCGGCUGUCAAGCCAAAGGCGAAGCCCCCACCAAGUGUCCCGCUCCCUGCAAUCUCUAGGCCCGUCUUCUCGGGCACGGACAGCACUGAGCCCCUGAAAGGUUUCCAUAAAGCGAUGGUAAAGACCAUGACUGCUGCCUUGAAAAUCCCCCACUUUGGGUACUGUGAUGAGGUGAACCUGACCAGGCUGGUACAGCUGCGCAAGGAGCUGAAGGGCCUGUCAGAGGCUCGUGGUGUCAAGCUCAGCUACAUGCCCUUCUUCAUCAAGGCUGCUUCUCUGGGCCUACUCCGUUUCCCCAUCCUCAACGCCUCGGUGGACGAGGCUGUUCAGAACAUCACCUACAAGGCGUCCCACAACAUUGGCCUGGCCAUGGACACGAGCCAGGGUCUGCUGGUACCCAAUGUGAAGAAUGUGCAGGUGCUGAGUGUGUUUGAGAUCGCCGGGGAGCUCAACCGCAUGCAGACCCUGGGCGCCACGGGCCAGCUGGGCACGGCCGACCUCACAGGAGGCACCUUCACCCUCUCCAACAUCGGCUCGAUUGGAGGCACGUAUGCAAAGCCAGUGAUUUUGCCUCCUGAGGUGGCGAUUGGCGCUCUGGGAAAGAUCCAGGCCCUGCCGAGGUUUAACUCGAGGGACGAGGUGGAGAAAGCUCACAUCAUGAAUGUCAGCUGGUCAGCAGACCACCGGAUCAUCGACGGGGCCACAAUGGCGCGGUUCUCGAACAUGUGGAGGGACUACCUGGAGAACCCAGCAUCAAUGGUCCUGGACCUAAAAUGAGCCUGCGGCACCCUGGACGGCCUCCUCUGGAUGCAGCCCUGCAACACAAAACCAGUCACCAUGAUUAUGUGAAAAUGUUCUACUGUACUCUGACUCUCUGGGUAGUCACAUUGACUGGGUGUUACUGGUCCCCAUACUGCUCCCGCCUCCUUGGCCUUCCAAAACCUUUCUUCCUCAGAAUAUGAAUGGCUGCACAUGCCACAGACACUACAAGUUACCUACUACUCAACAUUGUGAAACUAAUAUCUAGUUGCAGGCUGUUUUAUCUUUGUGUGUGGCCUUAGUUUUAUUUCUCUCUUCCGGUUGCCUUACUGAUAUAGGAUGGUUAUAAAAAGUAGUGAUUUUUGCUGAAGAGCUGAAUGUUGGAAAACAGACCUUUAGUAAACCUGUAUUUCUGAAAUACUGUAUGUCUCUGUUAAAAAAAAGAAGAAAAGGCCCUGCACCUUUAAGGGUAUUGGUGCCGAAACCAUGGAAUAACCUUAAAGGUGCAGGGCCUUUUUUAUGUUUUUAUGGCCCCACACAUUCCCUCAACACUAGAAAGCUCUUUUCAAGAGAAUGUGUGUUUUAGUGAUUCCCCUUGAAAAGCAUCAUUGCACAACACGCACUUGUGAGUGUACACAUCUGCUAUGAGAAUGGACAUAAGGCUCCUACAAUAGUUCCACAAUUGUUAGUUUGAUCAAUUUAUCUGUUACAGUUGCUGCUUUUCUAGAAUGGUGCUUUUAUUGCUGUCUGAUAAUGUAUUGCUUUAAAAAAAAGUAUAAAGUAAUGGUUGGAAGUGAACACCUAGUGUAGGAUUUGGGGGAAUGGAUUUUGGGAAAUGUGUACUGUGAUCUCUCUGUACUUAAGUGAGAUUGGCAUUUCUCCUGUCCCUUUAAAUAAUACAGACUGACUCAACAACCACUGUUCUUUCUGAUAGUGUGGAUCCUGAAAAGUUUAAAUCAAUUUAAUGCGUAAAGAUUUGCUUUGUUGUGUUGUACAUUAUAUGUUCCCCAAAACUCGUGAAGCUCACUAUUUUGGUAAAAUAAAGCAUUUCAUUUAUCUAUA